AUGCGUUUCUCAAUCUUCGCGACUCUUGCGCUGGUGUCUGGUGUGUUUGCAGGAAACUGCGGCCCGGACAAUGGCAAUGCAAAGUGCGGUUCGAACGAAUGCUGUAGCCAAUACGGCUGGUGUGGAACCACCGUCGACCACUGCGACGCAUCAACUUGCCUAAAGUCUUUCUCCGGCUCACGCUCAUCCUGCGGAGGCGCGACCCCGACUACUUUUAAGACCGCAACCAAGCAGGGCACAUCGCCCGCCCAGACCUUCCCCACCGCCGUCCCUGAGAUUGACGUCUGCGGCCACGCCCAGGGUGGUGUUACCUGCCCUGGUGCCGGUGCCAACGGAUACUUUUACCGCUGCUGCUCGUCUGCCGGCCACUGUGGACCCAAGAACGACAUCCAAGACCAGAACUUGUACUGCGGCGACGGAUGCCAGGCCGGCUUCGGAAAAUGCGAUAAGCAGAACAAGCCCGCUGAGCCAGCUGCGCAACGCGGAGUGUCCGGCGAGGGCGAGACGUGCGGUCCCAUUGUGAACAAGGAGUGCGGAAAUGGACUGUGCUGUUCUGGAAGCAACUUCUGCGGUAGCGGAGAGGACUUUUGCGGCAAGGCAAACUGGUGUCAGAGCAAGUGGGGGCGAUGCAACUAA